AUGCCCUUCAAUACUGCUCUUACUCGUAAACUCGGGAUCAAAGUCCCCGUCGUCCAAGGAGGUAUGAUGUGGGUGGGCUAUGCAGAGCUCGCCAGUGCCGUCUCGAAUGCAGGAGGUUUGGGUAUCUUGACUGCCCUCACCCAGCCUACACCUGAAGAUUUGAGNAAAGUAGGAGACUCUCUAUACAGACAACUGCCGUUUGGUGUAAACUUGACUCUGCUCCCUGCCCUCCAACCUCCGGAUUACCCUGCCUACGCCCGUGUCAUAAUCGAAGAAGGCAUCCGGAUCGUCGAGACAGCAGGCAACAACCCUGCACCCGUCAUCAAACAACUAAAAGCCGCCAACCCUCCCACCAUCAUCCUACACAAAUGUACCACCGUACGUCACGCCUUGUCCGCCAUAAAGCUCGGAGUCGACUUCCUCAGCAUUGACGGAAUGGAAUGUGCUGGACACGUUGGAGAGACGGACAUUACAAACUUCAUUCUACUCUCGAGAGCUCGUCAAGAACUCAACGUUCCUUUCAUUGCCUCGGGCGGAUUUGCCGAUGGCCAGGGUCUCGCUGCUGCGCUUUCGCUCGGAGCCGAAGGUAUCAACAUGGGCACGAGAUUCAUGUGCACGAUCGAAGCUCCGAUCCACCAAAACAUCAAAGAGUCGAUCGUCAAAGCCCAAGAGACGGAUACCGAGCUUGUCCUGAGACGAUGGAAGAACACCAGCAGGAUGUUCUCGAACAAGGUUGCUAGAGAUGCCAUCAAGAUCGAAAGAGAAAGUCCGACAGGCAAGUUCGAAGAGGUCGCUCCGUAUGUCAGUGGCAAACGAGGCAGAGAGGUCUUCUUGAACGGAGACCCAGAGCAUGGUGUAAGUGACCCCAACGACUCUUCAAAGGUGUUUGUAUUGACGCCGAGAUAUUUANNGGUUUGGACCGCUGGCCAGGUCAUCGGAUUGAUUCACGAUAUCCCGACAUGUGCAGACCUCAUCACACGUAUCGAGCGCGAAGCCUUGGACACCAUCAACAAGGCAAAGUCGUUAUAUGUUGACGAGCUCCCCGAAAGUGAUAUGGAAGGAAAGCCCAUCCAAGAUCCUUCGGCCAACCCGAAGAGCGAGCACGGCACCGUNGGGACCAAAGAGAACAACCCCGAGGCACAGCUAUGGGGAAUCGGCAAGAGCAAACUCUAG